CGCUUUAACCAAACGCGGUGAAUGCAAAGGUGACGUGGCGUGCUGUGAGGCGUCGGAUCGUGGGAAGAAAACCACGAUCCGCGUCUCACCGCAUCUAACGGCCACGGUGAAAGCACAUUGGCGCGGAUUGCUGACGCAAACAAACACGGGUUAUUCACCGUGUUUGUCUAACGCGGUGAAUACCCCGUGCUGUCCACGUCAGCAACUUCACCGCGGCCGACAAAAACGGUGAAGCCUUCACCGUUUUAGUUUAAAACGGUGAAGGCAUCACCGUGUUAAAUUAAAACGGUGAGGUAUUCACCGUUUUUAACAAAAGCGGUGAACCCUUCACCGUUUUAGUUUAAAACGGUGAAGUACUCACCGUGUUUGUCAAACGCGGUGAUGACCUUCACCGUUUUAGACAAAAACGGUGAUGCUCAAACAUGUGUAAUUUUGGAAUUUUUUUUAUAACUAAUGUAUUUUGGGAAUUUUUUUUAAAAACUAGUGUACUUUGGGAUUUUUUCCGUAUGAGUGUGUAUCAGUAUUUGUUAAAAAGGAAAAUUACAAGGAUCAACCUAUAUGAAAAAAUAACAAUAGAGGGUCUCUUUGGCAAUAUAGUACAAAUAGCAUGGUACAUAGGCCAGAAAGCCAUUAUCUCCGAAAUUAGGUUUUCAACUUUCUAUUCGUCUCCUUCCUUCCCGAUCUUUCCACUAUCAGCCUCUGGUCGCCACCAGGGCCAAUUUUCCGCCGUUGUCUCGCCGUCCUGUCCGAUCCCCGUCUGCAGACUGUUCGUUACUAUCGCCGGCCGGCGUUUCUGAAGAAACUGCGACUUGCGAUUUUACUCCGAUCCAGACGCCGCCCUCCCCUAUCUGCGCUCGCGCAUAUUUCCUUCUGGAUCCUCGCCUUCCCUUUGCCGCGGUCGUUUACCCUUGUUCGUAUUCCUUUCGGAAAAUUUAAGUCUCGGAUAAAUUCUUUUUAAGGGAUUAGCGGUUGCGUGGAAUUGCAGCGGCGGAAAGGAGAAAGACGUUCGACCCCCUACAUCGGCAUCGGGUAAGUGUGCAUCUUGCCCCUUUCUUCUCCACGAUAGCUGUUAGCUUUCGCAGAUUAAGAUUAGUUCUAUCUGAAUUGGAAUUUCCCCUAGCAGUUGAUAAGAUACCAAGCGUAGUGUAUCUUUUUUGUUGAAUCUUGGAUACUAUCCAAUUCCUUUGUUUUCCUUUUCGAAAGAACUCCCAUGUAUGUUUAUCUCUAGCUCAGCUGAAUUAGAGAUGGAGAUUGUUCUGUUAUUUACCCACCACCAAGCCUUUGUAUCCAAAAGACUAGAUCUUGGAGAUGUUGAGUUCAUACUAGCUUAGUUACAAAAUUGUUCUUGAUUUCCCGACGGGGUGCUGUAUAGGUUUAUGACAGAUCACUGUAUCGUGAACGAAUUACUUUGCUUUGCGGCUCAGUACGUGGGGGUUGGUUGUGUUAACAUAGGCUAAAUGUUAGUGACAGUUGUGGUUGUGUUCUGGAGAUAUGAUUCAGGUUGUUGGUUUCUGGUUAUGGAAGUAGUUCCUCAUGUUUCUGUUUUUAUGUAGACUUUGAUGUACCCAAGUCCAAACUUGACUUCGUUUCUUUUUCCUUCUAGAGUCUUUGAUUCGGACAAAUGCCUUGUUGUUUCUUAAGCUCAUUCAUAAAUGUUGGCAUGUUGAACAUAGGCUCUUGCCUAUGGAUUGUUCUUUUGCAUGGGUUUUCUGUCUGUUUCAGUUGGGUUGCGUUAUAAUGUUUUAGUGCAAGGCAUGCCUCCUACCUUCACCAAUGACUUAUGUUUGAUAGAUCGACUUAUGGGUCUCUUUGGGGCUGGCUUGUGUUCUCAAAUUGCCCAAGUUUCUUAGCUGGUCAUUGUGUUCUGUCGGCUGUAUCCCAUGUUUUGUUAGAACCAAUGCUUUCGUGGUCGAUUUUGAAUUGUCCUUACUCUUCCAUUGUUGGAUGUUGGUUAAAUUAUUGGCCAUGUCAUAUUUUAGCGUCAGAUUGGAUUUCAUUGAUGCAAGAUGACACCUUUCUGUCAUAUCCUGAUCAAUCAGUUCUGAUAUAUCUAUUGUCAGCACUUUCUAUUCUCGAGAUAGAAUGGAUCAUUCUGCAUGAUGGCAUUCUCAUCCGAUGAAUAAGUAGUGGCUAUCUAUUUCACUGUCUAUCUCUUGCAUUCUUUUCUAUCCUUGUUGCCAUGCUUAGUUUUGUGUUUGAUUUUUUAUUAUUCCCUAACAUUUCUGCAUCAAAUGGAUACUUUUUCUGUAAUACCUCUCAGACUCAGUUUGUCAAGCACCUUUUUUCCAAACUUGAAGCAGCACGUUGAAAUGACUUGUUUCAGUAACUCCAUCCUAGCAAAUGUUGUUUGAAGUCCAUUCGUUUCUCCUUGCCUGUCGUCACUUUUCUUUGUCUAUAAAUUAUUAGUUUUCUCAUGUCCUUCGUUUUACCAACUCCCCACACUCUCAGAAUUGUGCAAUUUUCAUCACUAAUAUGGUUUGCUUCAGAUUGCAGGAUUAAUCUAUCUAUUUCAAGAUGCCGGCCACAGCUGGACGCGUUCGCAUGCCCGCUAACAACAGGGUGCACAGUAGUGCCGCCCUUCAGACUCACGGCAUAUGGCAGAGCGCCAUCGGUUAUGACCCUUACGCCCCUAACAAGGAUGAGUCGAAACCUUCAGCACAGCAGGCAGCAUCGUCCGUAUCUACUGCCGAACCUGAGGGUGAAAAUGCUUAUGCUAGCUUCCAGGGUCUCCUGGCACUUGCACGUAUCACCGGUGGCUCAAGUGCAGCCGAUGAGGUCCGCGGUUCUUGCAAGAGAUGUGGACGUGUUGGACACCUCUCGUAUCAAUGUCGAAACUUCCUCAGUACAAAAGAAAGUAGUGGCAAGGACAAAGACGGUCUACUUCAAGCUGCUGCGCUCUCGGGACUGGACAAAUUAAAGGGCAGUAAUGGCAAAGGUAAAGAGGAGGAUAGUGACGAAGAAGAAGAUGAGAGCGAGACCUCGGACUCUGAUGUGAAUCCGGAGAUCGAGAGGAUCAUUGCUGAAAGGCAGGGUAAGAAGAGCAGCAUGAAGGUGAAGUCUUCUAAGAAGAAGGUGUCGGAUUCUGAUGAAGAUGUUUCGGAUUCUGACUCUGAGAAGAGGAGCAAGAGAGGGAGGUCGAAGAAGAGGAGGAGCAAGAAGAGAGCGAGCAGCAGCAGUGACUCGGAGGAUGAAGGCAAGGGGAGGAGACGGAGGAAGGAAAAGAGGAGGAAGAGAGACGAUGAUUCAUCCGAAGAUGAGGAAGAGCGGCGCCAUCGAAAGAGGAAGAGCCGGAAGGAGAAGAGGAGGAGGAGGAGCCACCAUCAUCAUUCCGACGAUUCUGAUUCGGAGGCUAGCGAGUCUGCUGAUGAUGCUAGGGUUGGAAGGAGGACAAAGAGGUCUGAGAAGAAGAGUAGGAAACGUCGUCAUGAAAGGGAGUAGUGAAAGACUUGUGUCUCUGCAUAAAUGAAGAUUCUUCCUGGGGGUUUUCUGGACUUCGCGGUUGAUGAUUGUGGUCUGAUGUGGUGUGUGUUUAUGUGGGUUUGUAAAUCGUUUGUGUUGAACCAUAUUCCUCCCGUCUCUGUAGUCAGAACUGCAGACUGUAAUGUGUUCAUUGUUGUUAUUUUUUGCUUUUUGAUUCCCACCUCACUGGGAAAGGACAAAUGUUGUUCCCGACUCUGUACCUACAGUAGUUUGUUGAUCUUUGCUCUUUUAUCAUAAACCAGUCCAAUACCACCUAGGGCUGAAACUGAGCGCCUGUUAGAAUUCUGUCUGACCGUCAGCCAGUUAAUAAAACUGACCUACCUCGCCCUGCUCCUUCCCUGUUUUCCUCUCUACUCUGUUUAGGGUAGAGGGUUGGCCCAAAUAAACACUUAUUUUCUGAAUUUUAUAUUUUGCACCCACAUUCAAUUUAGUAUCUAAACUUUAUUUUUUACAAACACUGCCAGAAAUUUUGGUGGUAAAAGUACAUUUUAAUACCUUUAUUAUAUAUAUCUUAUCUUGCAUUAGAGUACCUAUACUUUUAAGACUUUACAAAUAGGUCCAAUUUGUUGUGAUAUAAUGAAGAGUUUGAUAUAACUAGUUGUUGCUAUGGGCCACAAGAUCAAAAAGCGACCCCAACAUGACAAGAUAAAUAAUGAUCAAAAUCUAAGCUGAUCUUGUAGAUAAACUAACCCAGUCUAACACUCAUGAUCAAGGCAGUUAGUGGAUUUCUAGAACCAAGCUUACACCCAAGCUACUUCUAGACUAAAACUUCGGUAUAGUUGAAUAGGUGUGAUAAGUGGAAAACUUCCUCAUUAAUUUCGGAAACCGUGUUCACCGCACAAGAAUUAUUCUCCUUGCAUAAGAGUACUAUCCUAACAAGAUUAACUCUUUUGUCACCACGAAGAGUUACGAUGAGCCGCGAUGACAAGAAAGUAUAAUAUAUUGAUGCUAUCACAUAGAUUGAGAUUACGUUAUAAAUAAUGACGUCUCACAACAGUCUUUCUCACGAUGUUCUUUCAAGAUUUUCUUAAUGCAUUGCCACCUUGAUUAAUCACAAAGCAAGUACACAGAUAGCUUACUCGGCUGCUACUAGGGAUGGCAAUUUCGACCUGACCCGUUUUACCCGACCUGUUUGACCUGUUUUGGGGCGGGUCCGACCCGCCCCGUAGGCGGGGCGGGGCGGGCAUGGGUAAUCUCAUCGACCCGACCUGCCCUGACCCGCCCCAUUCUCGACCCAUUCUUGUCUAAAUCACAUGUAAUCUUAGUCAAAUUACUGAGAAUUUUCCUUUUAUUGCAUCAUAUUUUAGCUAUAAUAAAGUUGUAAAUUAGUAAAAAUCUCAAUUUCUCCAAUAAUUUAACUACAAUUGUCAUAAUAUUGUUUGUUUUCUUAGUCUUAUAAUAAAAAUAACGAAUAUUUCUAAUGUUUUUCAUAUAAAUUGCAUACCCAUUGGGUCGACCUGGCCCGACCCGCGACCCGUGAUCAAUUACCCGACCUGGACCCGACCUGCCACGGGGCGGGUCUGGGUACCAAGAAACCCGCCCCGGACCUGCCCAUUGCCAUUCCUAGCUGCUACAGUCCUAGCUGCUACAGUCCAUACAAAGAUCCAACAUACACAUUAUUAUUACUCUUUGUGUCCCCUGAGUCUCCAUUAAUUCUGCGAGAAGACGCAUAAACAAAGUAGUAGUAAGACAACAAUCCCUUUAUUCUUUUCGAAAUACGAUAUUAAUCACUUAACGUGAUGGCACACAUCCAUCAGCUUCCUCAAUCAGCAUUGCGGUACUCUCUCAGUUGACCCUGUAGGCAAUUCACGUAAAAUAUGUCGUAGUAAGAAGUGGAAAACGGUUGCAUACAAUAUGUAAUACUUUUAAUAGUGUGGUGUUAACGUAAUUAAAGUACAUUUUAAUA